CGGACCUGGAGGAGCUGCUCUGAAGACGGGCGAGCAGCAUGGAGGCCCACGGCGAAUCCCAGCCCGACGCGAGCUGUUCCUCGUUUACCCGGGACGGCUCCGGGGUCUCGGUGUCCAGGGAGCUGCUGACGGCGGGCAGCGGCGGCCGCGGAGGUAUAUGGGACAGGUUGCUCAUCAACUCCAAGCCUAAUUCCAGAAAGAAUUCCACUCUUCAAACAGUUCGAAUAGAGAGGAGUCCCCUAUUGGACCAAGUACAGAGCUUUCUCCCACAGAUGGCUCAGGCAAACGAAAAGCUAAGGAAAGAAAUGGCAGCUGCACCACCUGGUCAUUUCAAUAUUGAAAAUAUUGACGAGACUGUCGGAAAAGUUAUACAAAUGGAUGUGGCCUUGUUUGAGAUGAAUCAGUCUGAUUCAAAAGAAGAGGACAGUUCAGAAGAGAAUUCACAAGACUGUUCAGAGGACAGUUCAGAAUUUGGGGAUGAAGAUGACAGCACCUCUUCUGAAGGUGAAGUUACCAUCGAUACCAUUAAGCUUCCUCAUUCAGAAGAUGGAAAAGGCAAAAUAGAGGUUCUGGACUAUCCUGCCAGUGAAAAAAAAGAAACAGGGAAAUAAACAAUCUGAGAAACAGGUGAUAGAUGCCUGCUAAUUCUGUGAAAAAGAAUGUGGCUUGCCGGUUAUUUUGCAUUUCAGAUGCCUGUGGUGCUUUUUUGCAAUAUUGAAUGUAUUUUGCUUCUUGGAGAAACAGAAGCUGGCUUUUAAAGAGUUGGAAGAGAUAGCAUUUGGGCAUCUUCUAAGAGCAGACUGUUUUUGAUCUCAUGCUAAAGAGAUUUCGUUUAGAAAGCUUAACUUUAUGUAUGGUGAGUGAAUUUGUUGGCAUCUUCUUUCAUCAGCAUAGACUUCAGAAAUCUCAAACUUAUUUUAAAGUAAAAAUACAAGUUACCCAUUUGUUUUUGUUUUAAAUUGGCCUUUUGGGGCUUCCCUGGUGGCACAGUGGUUGAGAGUCCGCCUGCUGAGGCAGAGGACACAGGUUCAUGCCCUGGUCUGGGAAGAUCCCACAUGCGCGGAGCAGCUGGGCCCGUGAGCCUUGGCCGCUGAGCCUGCGCGUCCAGAGCCUGUGCUCCGCAACGGGAGAGGCCACAACAGUGAGAGGCCCGUGUACUGCAAAAAAAAAAAAAAAAAAAAAUUGGCCUCUUGGAUAAAACAACCUAGGUUGGGUUUUUUUUUUAGGUUAUUAUAAAGUCACAUUUAUUUGUUACCAUCAAAAUGGGUCCAGUGAGGGGGAACUUUUUAACAUCUUUAUUGGAGUAUAGUUUCUUCACAAUGUUGUAUUAGUUUCUGCUCUAUAACAAAGUGAAUCAGCUAUAUGUAUACAUAUAUACCCAUAUCCCCUCCCUCUCGCGUCUCCCUUCCACGCUCCCUAUCCCACCCCGAGGGAGAAAUUUUUUACAAAGAAAAGAAUUACUUAUAUUUAGAUGCCCUCAGACAUAUCUACUUUAAUUUAAAAAAAAUCCUUUCCAGUUUGUGCUGGAAAACUGGUGCUCUGUGGUUUAAUCACUGUCAGUGACUCUGUAGCCUCUCAAUGCAUGUAGAAUUUGCCGGUUGGAAAAAUUUGUGGUUUUUUUGGUUUUGUUUUUUCUUUUUCUCAUAAAGGAAUUUUUUUGUUUGUUUCAGCUAUUAAAAUUAUUCCUCCCAGUUGCCCACAGUUUUGAAACCUAUUAAUUGUAGAGAAUAGGGACACCCCAGGAAAAUAGGGCACAGUACAUAAAAAGGUAGUAACUGGUUUUCUCUUUCAAAAGACAAAAUGAUCCUGCAUUGGAGUUGCCUUUCUGCCACAUUCUUGAUCUUAUUUAACUUGUUUGGGAUCUCAUCUGCCAUGGGACUGGCUUUGCUCAGGAUAUAGACCUGAGAAUUUAAAGGACUGUCUCCAAGCGCAUUGAGCUGAUGGGACUUUGUUGCCUAAUAUUAUAGGGGUUUGUUUUAACUGUUUUCUCCUACUCCUCUCAUUAGCCUACGACAUCUUGUAAAUACUCUGAAGAUAAUUCUCCAAGUUCCUUCUGGUAUUUUUCAUUGGGAAUUGGAAAUUGGCUGUGCACUCAAAGUAUGCAGAAGUGAACAGAUCUGGAAAGGAGACUUCUCAGCUGCAAAGGGUAUUAUGCUGUACUUUGUAGCACCAAACACAGGUGUGAUGAAUUAUUGGUGUGACUAUUUAAGGAUUGUCUUCUACUAGAUAAUAUUUAUGCCACAUUGUGGGAAGAGUUGCAUUUGUCUGGUUCACUCCUUAGCUUGGUGCAUGGUACACAGUAGGCACCGAAUGAUGUAGAUAAAUGAAUUUACAGGUAUAUUGAGGAUGUACAGGGCAUUUUAAGCCAUGGUAUCCAUGUGGAUAUGAAAGUGUACCUUCACCGGAAAUACAAAGCCUAGUAGAAAUAGUCUGAUGGUCAGUGAAAGAGACUAGUCAGUCUAGAAAUAUAUACUAGUGUGUAGAAUUAUAUUUCUCUCCUGCCAUGACCUUCUAUAAUUCAACUAGGUAUUCUAUACAGUUAAAGAAGUCAACUAAAUUCAGUUCCUCUGGACAUUCUUAUGACAUAGGAGGAAAAGGAAAAACAAAAAUUUAAUAUGUGAUAGGGAUGUCGUUUUAAGUAAGUGUAAAAUGGUUGAAUUAUUUAAUAAACAGAGUCAGGGAUGGCUGUUUUUAAACAGAGUUGGAUACUAAGAUAAAUUAUGUAUGUCUUAAAGGUUUAAAUAUAAAGAAAUUAUAAGUUUCAUACUAAAAUAUAGGUGAAUAUUUAAUAACAUAGUUGGGCAAAGUUUUUUUUUUUUUUUUU